UUUACAUGUUUAUUAGGUAUCGGUACCGAGCCUGUUCUUUUCAUUAUACUUGUAAGCGCUGCUGCUAGUGACGACAAUUUCCUAUGCGUUACGUUGUCGUUUUUCAUUCGGCUAUUCGAGUUUCCAUUUGGGUUGGUCUGGGACAACAUGGCUGCUGCUGCAGGUCGCUACUACAACGAGGGUGGCAGAGCAACGAAAAGACAGAAAACCGAAGACGGAAUGACGACGGAGGGCUAUGAUGACCCCCAUAAAACGCUCCCUUCACCUGUGGUCCACAUCAGAGGCCUUGUUGAUGGAAUCAUGGAGGCAGAUCUAGUGGAAGCCCUGCAGGAGUUUGGUACCAUUAGUUAUGUGGUCAUGAUGCCAAAGAAGCGACAGGCGCUGGUGGAAUACGAGGACAUGAAUGGAUCCUGCAAUGCUGUGACCUACGCAGCUGAGAACCAGGUCUACAUUGCUGGGCACCCAGCUUUCAUAAACUACUCCACCAGCCAGAAGAUCUCCCGGCCAGGCGAUCCAGAUGACUCACGCAGCGUUAACAACGUGCUGCUGCUCACCAUCAUGAACCCCAUCUAUCCGAUUACCUCGGAUGUGCUGUACACUGUGUGUAACAACUGUGGUCCUGUGCAUAGGAUUGUCAUCUUCAGAAAGAAUGGAGUUCAGGCCAUGGUGGAGUUUGACUCUGUUCAAAGUGCCCAGAGGGCAAAAGCCUCUCUUAACGGGGCAGACAUCUACUCUGGGUGCUGCACACUGAAGAUUGAGUACGCUAAGCCAACCCGUCUGAAUGUGUUCAAGAAUGACCAGGACACCUGGGACUACACAAACCCCAACUUGAGUGGCCAAGAUGCUGACGCUGAAGGCAAUUGGAACAAUUCACAAGAUCCCAAUGCCAACCCCAACAAGCGUGCAAGACAGCCAGCUCUUCUAGGAGACCACCCUCCCGAAUAUGGUGGUCCAACCGGUGGCUAUCAUGGCUACCAUGAUGAAAGUGGUUACGGACCUCCUCCACCACCACACUAUGAGGCCGGUCGGCGCAUGGGCCCUCCAAUGGGAGGGCGUGGGCGUGGACGUGGCGGCAGCUACGGGGCGCCUGGGUAUGGGCAUGGACCACCCCCGCCCGGUGACUACAGUGCCCACGCUGACUCCCCUGUUGUCAUGGUGUAUGGCCUGGAACCCGGAAAGGUCAACGCAGACAGGGUUUUUAACGUCUUCUGCCUCUACGGCAAUGUGGAGCGGGUGAAGUUUAUGAAGAGUAAGCCGGGGGCAGCCAUGGUGGAGAUGGGCGACUGCUACGCUGUGGAUCGUGCCAUCAGCCACCUUAAUAACAACUUCCUGUUUGGGCAGAAGCUGAAUGUCUGUGUCUCCAAGCAGCAGGCGAUCAUGCCUGGUCAGUCCUAUGAGUUGGAGGAUGGCUCCAGCAGCUUCAAGGACUUCCACGGCUCCCGUAACAAUCGCUUCACCUCCCCGGAGCAGGCAGCCAAGAACCGCAUCCAGCACCCCAGCAAUGUCCUGCAUUUCUUUAAUGGGCAACCUGACAUCUCCGUGGAGGUCUUUAAUGGGGUCUGUGAGGAACUGGGUGUAAAGAACCCAUCCAACAUUAAACUUUUCACCGGAAAGACCUCGGGUGGCACGACAGGCGAGCGUAGCUCAUCCGGGCUGCUGGAGUGGGAGUCCAUAAACGACGCCAUGGAGGCACUGGCAAUGAUGAACCACUACCAGAUGAAGAACCCCAGUAAGUACUCAGACUGCGAUAACAACAACACAGCUAAUGAUAAAAACGGUGGUCCGUACCCCUAUACACUGAAGCUGUGUUUCUCAACUGCGCAGCAUGCCAACUAGAAAGCAUCCCGACCACCCCACGUAUCUGUAAUGCUCUGUGUCCAUACAUAGUGAAUAUUGCAGUCACGUCGUCACUACACACUUUCCCUGUAUGAAGCAGAAACAAAAUUGAGACUGACACGUUUUCCUUAUGGUACUUAAGUGAUAAUAUUGAGGGCAAGAUUUUAUAUCAGUGAGUGUAUCGUUUCUUUUCUUUUUUUUUUUUAUCUACAAUUAUGAGUUUGAUGUUUUUGUUCAGUACAUUAGAUCUCAAAGAAACUCUUCUGAAAUAAAUUUUAAUUCUAUGUAAACACUGCCUGUCUUUUAAAUAAAGUGUAUGGUUAACUACA